AUGGGCAAUGCAGGUGGCAGGGUUCAUAUUUUUAACUCGAAACUGGCAAAAAGAUGAAACUGUGUUGAAAGAAGCUUUGGAUUACUACUGUCAACUAAAAUACACUCCUCAAAUACUUCUUUUUCCUGAAGGAACCGACUACUGUAAAGAUUCAAAGCCAGCUAGUGACCGUUAUGCCAAGAAGAAUGACCUUCUAAUCUAUGACUACGUACUACACCCGCGUACAACCGGCUUUAAUUAUAUUGUGCAACAUCUUAUAAAAUGUGACAUGAUUGAUGCAGUGUAUGAUGUCAACAUGGGCUAUCCAGAAGGCAUUCCUAUUAACGGAGAGGUGGACAUUCUCAACGGUCGCUUCCCUGGGGAAGUUCACACCAAGAUCCGGCGAUACCCAAUUUCAUCCUUACCCACCACUGACAAAGAUAUCCAGGAAUGGUGCUUACAACGCUGGAUGGAAAAAGAAGAAACGCUCAGAAAGUUCUAUGAAGACGACAGAAAGUUUGUUAACGACACAUGCGUAGAUUCCCCUGGCGGUGACACGCCUCUCGAAGGGAAAUCAUGCAGACAGCGUUCCAAUCCUAUUUUUCUAUACUUAUCCUUAGUCUAUUGGUUGGUGUUCCUCCUGGUAUCGUUAUAUUUCUUGUAUGCAUAUUCAUUAGCGCGGUGGUUUUUCUUGGUGGUUUGUGUAUUCUACGCAGUUCAAGGAUUAUUGCGUGAUGGCAUUGACCAACUCAUUGUGUCAUGUUUCAGAAGCUAGGUUAACACCUACUUAAUGAUAUACUCUUUGUGGUAAGCUCAUAAAGAAUCAGAAAUGUAUUGCAAACUUAAUUUCUACCGUGUAUAAUCUAAUGUAUAAUCAGCUAUGUGCUCUGCUGCCCUCAGCAUCAACUUUAGUAAAUGAUGCAGUUAAAUUUCUGACAUUUGGUCGAAGUUCAAAACUUCACUUAGUCCUUUGUAAGGAGGCUAGGUUGUCUUUGAAUUCUAAGAUGCAGUUUGGCCCGAAUCCAUGUUUUUGCAGAGAACUGAGGACAGUCAAGGAUGAGUGAAUCUGUUUCAGGAUCACAUUGUCACUUAAAUCAAAAGCUCCCUUAUUUCAGUCUCCUUUUGUGUGCAUGCUAGAUAACAGCAUGAAAGCUCUUUAGCACAGUAGUUGUAGCUGCGGUACAUGCCUCAUGUGCUUGCCUCACAGCAGAGGAUGGCCGGGACCACUGUCCAGCUAGUUAACCAAUUCAAUCAAUGCUAUUUAACAAAUAUGGCUCUCUGAAUCCGUUUAAGCAACGUUAACUUCAUAAGUGUGUGGUAAAAAGGCCGUUUUUGUGUCAGACUACAUUAUACAUACGUCUUCGUACUACGGGUAACACUGCCAGUAUACGUCUAGUCUCCGCACUAGCUUCAUCUACAAAAAGAUUACAUGCUAGACUAAUCUGCAUACUACAUAAUAUGUGGUAUGCACGUUAAGAUCGAUAAGCUGUUAGCAAUGUGACUACUAUAUAAUUAGCAACCAGUAUAGGCUACUGCUAUAGGGAACAGCAAACCUAAUUUGAAAAAUAAUAAUAAUAAUAAUAAUAAAUAAUAUAGCAAUUUAUAUAGCGCUGCCUUUUGCCAAGGAUACAAGGCACUUUGAUAUGUGGACUAGGAAGUCGAUCAAUGACUUUCUUCUCCCCCGAGGGUCCCUUUGAGUCUGUGCUACCUGGUAAGCCGGUACCAGUAACUCUCGUCGUCCACUACAGGGGCUGUCUGUACCAGAACACCGGGGUAUCUCCCUACUCGUCUUGAAUAAAGUACUGGGUUCAUUGUACUGCACACAAGCCAUUGCGUACACUGGGCCCCACGGUUUAUAGUCCUUACCCGAGAAGAUUUGUUCUACUAUCAGAACCAUAGGCGAGCGUGCUAUUUGUACCAGCACCGAUAUUAUGGCUGUAGGUUGUAUCCCCCUGCUAACCACUCAGCAAUUUGACUCGCCUAUGGUUCACAUUGAAAAUUACCAGCAGUGACUGGCAUAGGUGUAGUAGCAUUUUUGCCAUUAGCAUAACAAGUGUAAAUUCCUCUAGCGUAAGCUAAGCUUUACUUCUACCAGUAGCAUAAAGUAAAGUAACAAUAUAAGAAUUGUUGAAUAUACUUAGUAAUUCACAAGAACAACUGAUCAAACAGUAUUAUUUUGAAUAUUAUUUAACUAUUUUAAUUGAUACCAAAAACGAUAAGUCAAAAAAAGUAGAUAAUGUAUGAAUUUUAUUGUAUUAUGAAUGCAGCAGUUGUAAGUAGAACUGCAGUAGAAAUGAGAGAUUCCCAUACAUGCACAAUGUAGUUACUCUUAGUUUAGACAAAAAUCUGUGAUGUCACCACAACCAUAUUCAGGUGUGUCACAUGGUUUUUGUCAAAUAUAAGUUUAUACUAUCGACAGAGCUUUAGUUGUUAAGUGUCUGAUUUGGAAAAUAGUAUUUAUGCUAUAGAAUUUUUUUUGUAGUCUUUACAUUCAUAGGCUAUCAACAAAUAGAUGCAAUAACUUAAAGAUAGGGAUAGUUUUGUAUGUAAAAACAAAAGUUUAAAAUGGUGGGAAAAUUAAUUUUUGUCUUAUGCACAAGUUUUUACAAAAUGUUAUUGAAUUUGUCACAAUAUUUAUGCUAGUGUAUGAUUAUUUGAUUGAUUGAUUGAUUGAUUGAUUGAUUGAUUGAUUGAUUGGCCAAUUGAUUGACCAAAGCUUCUAAUAGAGAAGAAAAUUUGCUAUAUGUUGGGGUAAUGGAAAACAUUUUUAUCUUUGUUCAGUUAAGAAUACUGAAUGGAAUUCUGUGAGCAUUAAACUUAUUUUUCAGUUGUUUUAUUUGAAUCAUUUUAAGCAUGUAUUUUCUGAAAUUUUUCUAAAAUGCACAAAUAUUAUUUUACAAUAAGUACCAAUUUACUAACUAUCGAGUUACUCUUAAGCUAAGAUUAUGCUGACCUUGUAACGUAACUCAACUGACCUUUGACAACAGCCUGGCAACUGGUGAGAAACCGAGUCGCAAAAUUUGAAUUGUGACGUGAGUAGUCCUUGUGGUCGUAAGAAAUGAAAAUCAGUGCCUCUUAGUUGCCCAUCUUCUAUUUCGCUGCGAUCUAAAGCAACUGACAAACGAUUGAAUGCUUAUGUGGCCGUUAGCUAGUCAUUAACCGUGUGUGGCGCGCACGCUGAAAUUUGUAUCCAAUUCUGGGAGCAACUGGCUGUAAAUACUCCAGUCAGAAGUGACAUAAUCACUCUACACAACUAUCCACUUGCUUGCAGUUGCACAGUUGAAAGUGACAGGUUGACACGAGCACUACCAGCAAACUCGUUGAUCGUAGUGGAGUCGAGACAAAUCGCAAGGGCGACAUAAUCUUACUUAAGGACACUGCAUGAGACAGACAACUUCCAAAGUCAAGGACUGCUCUCGACCAAAGUCCAAUUAUCCCCUAAUUUACCAUUUCUCUUGUGUGUGUAUUUAAAUAAUUGAUUUUUAAAGUAAUAUUAAUUUAAUAUCAAAAGUAUUAUAACUUUGUUUUGUGUUUAUAUGUCUUGCCACAGAAAAACAAAUUACUGUACAGGUUGAUUACUGGACAAAAAGUUUAUCUUAUAAUAUACAGUAAAAACAACAAUAAUGAAAGUCAACAAAUUUUAAAUGAUGUAAUUUUUUAAUUUUGCCAAUGUAUAUUUUUCAAGAAUAGCAUUUAAGGUCUUUCAGGUGUUUGAAAUAAUAGUUAUAGCUUUUAUCAAUUUUAUGAUAAUAGAAGCAAUGAUUGUUUUAUUUGUCGUCUAGUAUUAGGUGUUGCUCUCACAAGGAACAGUGUGCUUGUGUAUUGCAUUAGUGUUAUCAGUACAGGUAUUAAAAAAUAAUUACAGUACAGUAUUACAUUUGUACUUGAAGGUUUCUGAACCAAAUAACCUCAUUUAAUAAUAGGAAUGUUGUUGUGUUAUCGUACUGGGUGCUCAGUACGUUCCCAAAUACUUGCGAAAAAAAUCUUACUAAUGAUUCUUGUGGGAACCGAACCCACGACCUGAUAAUAAGCCUGGUGUCUUAACCACUAGGUCACCAAGCUUGCACUUAAUUGGGUAGUGUUGAACCUGAUCCCCAAGUAGCGGCGGGUACUUCAAUGCAAUCAGAUGUUGUUCACAUCAGUAAACUUAACUUGCUUGUAUCCAAUUUACUGAUUUUCAAAUAAAAUAAUUGACUCAAAA